AUGUCUUCCCCAUCUGUCCGGUCCGCGGAGCAGAAUCGGUCCAUGGCCGGUGACGUCUUUAUUGCUCUGAAGCUGGCCCUCAUAUCUUCAGGCCCAAAACUACUCCGCAAUUGGAUCUUGGUCCCCGCCGGCCUCCUCCUCAUGCUGCUCGCAUGCUUCGGAGUAGACGCCCUCUUCCGUCUGAUCGGGACGUCGUUCCCCCCGUCAGUGGCAUGCCUCGUACUCUUGCUGGUCGCUCUCCUCCUGGCCGAGAGCGUCCUGGGCAACCAUCGUGUCAAGAAGAUUGUUGCCGUCAUCGAUGUUCCGGCCGGAUGGUCCCUGCAAUGGAUGGGCAUCUUCUUCACUCCUUCAUUCAUCCUCCUUCCUCUCAGCGACCCCGUCGGCGUUGCUGAAGUCUUUAAAAUCAUUGCCGUCUUUGUCAUCGGUUUCAUCAUCACCUUUGCCGCAGUGGCAUACCUCGUCAGGGGACUGCAGCCUGUCCUCGGCUCAUCCAAGCGCGCCCAGGUUCAGCGAGCAGAGGAGCUCGACCGCCAGGUACAGGAGCAGAUCCCCCUGACCCAGGCCAACCCCGGCCAUGGCACCCCGACCCCCGAAGCCAGCCCCCUCGGACCGUCGACGCCGGCCGAGAUAACGCCGGCCGAGACGACGCCGGCCCCCUCCCGCCCACAGACACCACCGCAGCUGCGCAUCCAGCACCGCCACCACAAUAGUGGCGACCCGCCGCCCACGGCAUCCCGGUCACUCGUGCCGCCCGCGUAUCCGUCCCAGGACCCGGUGCCACCGUCCCGCCCGGAGCGCUGGGCCGUCCUGAUAGCCUCGCACCUCGACACGGGAAUCUUCGCCUUGAUCCUGCUCGUGGCGGGCAUCCCCGUCUUCUACGCCACGGGCUACGCCAUGCCCCUCCACCUGGCCGUCAACGUGCUGUCGUACAUGGCGGCCAGCACGGUGGUCCCGUCGUCGUGGCGGACGUACCUCCACCCGAUCCUCACGUCGUCGCUCGCCACGGUCCUCGUCAUCUGGGCCUUCUCGGCCACGGUGGGCGUCCCCAUCGACUCGGCGCUGCAGCAGUACCGCACCGGUAACAAGUACAUCCAGCUGUGGCGCGCCACGUCGAGCUCGACGGCCAUGCCGGGCGCGGGCGACUUCAUGGCCACCCUGCUGGACGCCAGCAUCGUCUCCCUGGCCCUCCCGUGCUUCCAGCACCGCCGCGAGCUGCGCGCCCGCUUCGUCCUGCUCGCCAUCCCCAGCGUCAUCGUCUCCGUCACCUCCCUCCUCGUCUACCCUCCCCUGUGCGGCGGCCCCAAGGCCGGCCUGGGCAUCCAGCCGCGUCUCAGCCUCGCCCUCGUGCCGCGCAGUCUGACCCUCGCCCUGGCCACCCCCGUGGCCGAGAACCUCGGCGCCGAAACCCACGCCACAGCCGCCAUUGCCAUCGUGAGCGGCAUCGUAGGCGUCAUCAUCGGCCCCAGACUGCUGGCCCUCAUCAGGAUCCCCCAGGACGACUACGUCACCAGGGGCAUAACCCUCGGUAUCAACUCGAGUGCCAUGGCCACGGCGUUCCUGCUCAAGACGGAUCCCAGGGCCGCCGCGCUGUCGUGCCUUUCCAUGGUGCUGUUUGGUACCAUCACCGUCAUCCUCACAUCGAUUCCCGCGAUAUCUACGUUUAUAAGGGGCAUGGUUGGGUUGUGA